CUCCCUCCCUGGUGUCCCACGCACACGCUCCCUCCCUCGGAUGGACUGUAGCCGCGCCCGCGGGGGCCGGCGGGACUGAGAGCGCCCCCCUGUGGCCGGCGCGGGGAGCGCGAGAGAGAGCGAGCGGCCCGAGCGGGGAUGGACGGAUCCGCCCACGAGAGGAGGAGGAGCGGGGGGGCGAGGAAGGGGCCGUUCGCGGCUCUGGUUCUGCUGGCGGUCUGGACGGCGGCGUCGGGGUCGGUGGACUCGGCCCGGCACGGCCAGCCCAGGCUGCGCCUCUCCCACAAAGAGCUGUGGGACCUGAACAGGACCAGGGUGUUCCGCGGGGCCCCGGGCCGGCUGGACCUCGGCGCCGCGCUGCUGGACGAGUCCCGGGAGAGGCUGUUCGUCGGAGCGCGGGACGGCCUGUACUCCCUGAGCCUGGAGAGCGUCGGCAGGCGGCCCGGAGAGGUACGCUGGCCCAGCACGGCCACGCAAGUCAACGACUGCCUGAUGAAGGGCAGAGAGAAGUCGGAGUGCGCCAAUUACAUCAAGGUCCUGCACCAGCACAACCGGACCCACCUGCUGGCGUGCGGCACGGGCGCGUUCGACCCCGUCUGCGCCUACGUCCGCGCGGGACGCCAGGCCGAGGACGCCCUGUUUGAGCUGGAGGCGGAGCUGACUGAGAGCGGGAGAGGAAGAUGCCCCUACGACCCCCAAAGCUCCUGUACGUCCACCGUCUCCAGAGGGGAGCUGUUCGUCGGGCUGUACACGGAUUACUGGGAGAACGACGCCGCCAUCUGUCGCCUGGGCAACCACAGCUACACCCGGACGGAGGGGGGCGACAGACGGCUGCUUAACGAGCCGAAGUUCGUUGGGUCCGUGGUGGUCCCCGACAACGAUGACCCGGACGACGAUAAAGUGUACUUCUUCUUCACCGAGAAGACCGUCGAUGCCGAAAGUGGCAACAACGCCGUUCACACCAGGAUCGCACGAGUCUGCGCGAAUGACCAGGGGGGCAGGAGGAUGCUGGUGAACAAGUGGAGCUCUCUGGUGAAGGCCCGGCUCAUCUGCUCGGUCCCCGGCCCGCACGGGGUAGACACGCACUUGGACCAGCUGGUGGACGUGUUCGUGCUGAAGAAGAGGGACGAGAGGAACCCGGAGAUCUUCGGGCUGUUCCGCACCACCAGCGACGUGUUCGAGGGCUACGGCGUGUGCGCGUACCGCAUGGACGACGUCCGGGCGGCGUUCGCCGGGCCCUUCGCGCACAGGGAGGGCCCCGACCGCCGCUGGGCGGCGUUCGAGGGCAGGGUCCCGUUCCCGAGACCCGGAUCGUGUGCCAGCCAGGUGAACGGGGGGCAGUACUCCAGCUCUAAGGAGUACCCGGACGAGGCGCUGCGCUUCGCGCGGGACCACCCCGCCAUGCUGCGGCCCGUGCGGCCCCUGCACCGCCGGCCCGUCCUGCUGCGGGGCGAGGGGGGCCGGAGGCUCACCCAGUUGGCCGCGGACCGCGUGGAGGCCCGGGACGGCCACUACGACGUGCUCUUCAUCGGGACAGACGACGCUGUGGUGCUGAAGGUGAUCGCCAUCUACAACAAGGACAGCGACGCCGUGGAGGAGGUCCUCCUGGAGGAGCUGCACGUCUUUAAGGUUCCUGUGCCAAUAACUGAAAUUCUUAUCUCUGCUAAAAGGCAACAGCUGUACGUGGGGUCCGAGCUGGGCGUGGUCCAGGUGAAGCUGCACCAGUGCCACCUGUACGGUUCGGCGUGCGCCGACUGCUGCCUGGCCCGGGACCCCUACUGCGCCUGGGACGGGGCCGCCUGCUCCCGGUACCUCCCCGCCGGACCGUCCGCCAAGAGGCGCUUCCGGAGACAGGACGUUCGUCACGGGAACGCCGUCCAGCAGUGCGAAGGGGCGCCAGCCAACGGUACGCUUCCGAGACUUAAGGAGUUCAUCAGAGAGCCCGUAUCCUCCGGGCGGUUGAGUGGCACGCUGUGCAUGCUGGGAGGUUUGGGUCCUGCCCUCAAAGCCUUCAGCUGCUCGCCUGCGUUCUGGGGCGACACGGCUCAGGAGGUCCAGGUCCCAUUCGGCGAGUGGGGUUCGGAGCGGUCCGUGGCCCCCCCCUACGAACUCCGCCCGCCCGUGCAGACCAGGCCCCGGGCCGAGGAGCUGGGACGGGAGACGCACCCUGCUGGAGUGACCGUCCCGCAGGCCAGUCCUCUGUUCGACUGCGCCGUGGCGUCCGAGCUCAUGACUAAUGCGAACGAUCUGCCGUGCCCCCAGGUGCGGGCGGGCGACCGGGUGGCGAAGACCCCGCACGGCCUCCUCUUCCUGGGCCUGCGCCGGGCGGACGCGGGCGCCUACCUGUGCCAGUCGGCCGAGCGCGGCUUCGUCCGGCCGCUGGCCCGCGUGGCGCUGGAGGUGCUGGAGGGGCGGCGCCUGGACCGGUUGCUCCGCGGGGACGAGGCGGCGGGGGGGGGCGGGGCCCAGCGCAAGGCCCCUCCCCCCUGCUCCCUCCCCCGGGGCUCCGCCCCCAAGCUGUGGUACAAGGACUUCCUCCGGCUGGUCGGCGACGGCGACUUCCGCGGGGUGGAGCAGUACUGCGAGCGGGUGUGGUGCCCCGGCCGGGGGCGCAAGAAGCCGAAGAGUCCGCUGCCCAAGUGGAAACCGCCCCCCCACAGGGAGAGGGGGGCGUCGCGAGGGGACCGCCAGCGCGCGCCCAGACAAGCCCGGACGCGCCCCGCCGUCCCCACGCAUGCCCCGGACGUCUGAGGGGGGGGGGGGGGGGGGAGUCUGCCCCCGCCAUCUUUACCCGGGAGAACCGCCAUCUUUACCCGGGAGAACCGCUCAUCU